AUGGCCUCCAGGGGCUGCGCGGGGCCUCCGCCUCCGCCACCUCCUCCGCAAGCCUGGGUCUGGCCCGGAAAGAUGCUAGCCAUGGGGGCGCUGGCAGGCUUCUGGGUCCUCAGCCUCCUUACCUAUGGUUACCUGUCCUGGGGCCAGGGCUUGGAGGAGGAAGAGGAAGGGGCUUUGCGAGCUCAAACUGGAGACAGACCAGAGCCCAGCAUAACUGCCAUCUCCCAGCCCCAUCUCAUUUUCAUCCUAGCGGAUGAUCAGGGAUUUAGAGAUGUGGGUUACCACGGAUCGGAGAUAAGGACUCCCACUCUUGACAAGCUUGCUGCCGAAGGAGUUAAACUGGAGAACUACUAUGUCCAGCCUAUUUGCACACCGUCCAGGAGUCAGUUUAUUACUGGAAAGUAUCAGAUACACACCGGCCUUCAACAUUCUAUCAUAAGACCUACUCAGCCCAACUGCUUACCUCUGGACAAUGCAACCCUACCUCAGAAACUGAAGGAGGUUGGAUAUUCAACACAUAUGGUUGGAAAAUGGCACUUGGGUUUUUACAGAAAAGAAUGUAUGCCCACCAAGAGAGGAUUUGAUACCUUUUUUGGUUCCCUCUUGGGAAGUGGCGAUUACUAUACACACUACAAAUGUGACAGUCCUGGGAUGUGUGGCUAUGACUUGUACGAAAAUGACAAUGCUGCCUGGGACUACGACAACGGCAUAUACUCCACACAGAUGUACACUCAGAGAGUGCAGCAAAUCUUAGCUUCCCAUGACCCCAGAAAGCCGAUAUUUUUAUAUAUUGCCUACCAAGCUGUGCACUCUCCACUGCAAGCCCCUGGCAGAUAUUUUGAACACUACAGAUCCAUUGUCAACAUAAACAGGCGCAGGUAUGCUGCCAUGCUUUCCUGCUUAGAUGAAGCAAUCAACAAUGUGACCCUGGCUCUGAAGACAUAUGGUUUCUAUAACAACAGCAUUAUCAUAUACUCUUCAGAUAAUGGAGGCCAGCCCACAGCAGGAGGAAGUAACUGGCCCCUCAGAGGUAGCAAAGGAACCUACUGGGAAGGGGGGAUCCGGGCUGUUGGCUUCGUGCACAGCCCACUUCUGAAAAACAAGGGAACAGUGUGUAAGGAGCUUGUGCACAUCACUGACUGGUACCCCACUCUGAUUUCACUGGCUGAGGGACAAAUUGAUGAGGACAUUCAGCUAGAUGGCUAUGACGUCUGGGAGACCAUAAGUGAAGGCCUUCGUUCUCCCCGAAUAGAUAUUUUGCACAACAUCGACCCCAUUUACACCAAGGCGAAAAAUGGAUCCUGGGCAGCGGGCUAUGGGAUCUGGAACACCGCCAUCCAGUCGGCCAUCAGGGUGCAGCACUGGAAACUGCUCACAGGGAACCCAGGGUACAGCGACUGGGUGCCCCCUCAGUCGUUCAGCAACCUGGGACCGAACCGGUGGCAUAACGAACGGAUUACCUUAUCAACUGGCAAAAGUAUAUGGCUGUUUAACAUCACAGCCGACCCCUAUGAGAGAGUGGACCUUUCUAACAGGUAUCCCGGCAUCGUGAAGCAGCUCCUCCGGAGACUCUCACAGUUCAACAAAACCGCGGUGCCCGUCAGGUAUCCCCCCAAAGACCCCAGAAGUAACCCUCGGCUCAAUGGAGGAGUUUGGGGACCAUGGUAUAAAGAGGAAAACAAGAAACAGAAGCCAAGGAAAAAUAAGGCUGAGAAAAAGCGGAAGAAAAAUAAGACAAAGAAGAAACAGCAGAAAGCAGGCUCGUUUACAAAUUGCCGUUCGGGCGUUACUCGUGGAUAAGUACAAUUUUUUUCCUGUUUGGUUAAACUUAAAUCAGUACUUAGUCUUUCACCAGUUUUCUAGGUGAACCAGCAUGUUUGGCUCAAUAGGAUCCCGACCAUCAGCAACAGACCAUUUAUUUCGUGUUAUGCCACUCGAGACUUCUGCCACCUGGAAAACUUGUACUCAGUGCCAAAGGUGCUACUCUUGGAAGCCAUGCUUAGAGCAGAAUGGAGAUGUUUGUUUCUCUUGCUCCUUUAGAAAAGGUGGUCAGUGACGAGUUCAGCUGCUGUGCUUCAGUCAAUUGACCAAACACUAUGCUUUAAAUUAUAACAUUGGACUGUAACCUACAAUUGAUGGACAUGCUACUUUGAUGGAAGUUACAGGGUAGCAUGAUUAAAAACCACCUUUGAUGAAGUGUAGUCAAAGGUUGCAUCACCUCAAAGGCCUUGAAAAAUAUUUUCUUCUUAGUGAAUUUUUGUAUCUCUAUAAUAGGACACUUGGGUUUUUUUAAUUAAUUCUGUUUCAUAUAUCAUUUCCUUUUCUGUGAAAAUAAGCUGUUUUUCUCACAUGAGAACAGCUUGCACCUCACUUUAUCAUGCAUGAGGGAAUGGCAGAUAAGAAUGUUUGAGCACACUGCCAAAACGUGAAUGUAACUAUUUUUUAAACACUUUAAUAGUAUGAUGUUUCAGCAUAAAGUACAUAAUUUAUUUUUACAGAAAAAAAAUUAUUUUGUUUUCAUAAAAUGUUAUACAAAUGGCUUUUAAUUAUUUUAUUUUUGUUUUCUACACUACAUGCCAUUAGAAGAAUUUUAUUUCAUAUUGUCAAGAUUAUCAAGCACUGUAAUACUAUAAAUUAAUAGUGUGUGAAUUCAUAAAAUAUAAAAAGGAAAAAUGAUAAUCAUCAUUGUUCAGCCGUUAUUUUGAAUGUAAUAAGAUGAAUAUAUUCCUUACAAAUUAUUUGCAAAUUCAGUGUUUGUACAGAAUUGAGAAACAACUUUAUUGUUUCUAUCAUAAAGUUUAUUUAAUUAUUAAAAUGACA